GUGCAAACAGAAGGCUCAAGACCUGCUUGGUUGCAUGAGUAGCAAGCUAUGAGUUCUGUAUCUCGGCGUGUAGCACUAAAUGAUGGUCACUUCAUCCCUGCACUGGGGUUUGGAACCACUGUGCCUCAUGAGGUUCCUAAGGAUGAAAUUAUCAAAGCUACUAAAAUAGCUAUAGAUACUGGGUUCCGCCAUUUUGACUCCGCUUAUUUGUACCAAAUAGAAGAGGAAGUGGGCCAGGCCAUUAGAAGCAAGAUUGAAGAUGGCACUGUGAAGAGAGAAGAUAUAUUCUAUACUUCAAAGCUUUGGAGCACUUUCCAUCGACCUGAAUUGGUCCAAUCUUGCUUGGAAAAGACACUGAAGAACGCUCAAUUGGACUAUGUUGAUCUUUACAUUAUUCAUUUCCCAAUGGCUUUGCAGCCUGGAGAUAAAUUAUUUCCAAGAGACAAACAUGACAAACUGUUGGCUGACGAAGUGAAUCUCUGUGACACAUGGGAGGCCAUGGAGAAGUGUAAGGAUGCAGGGCUGGCCAAGUCCAUUGGGGUGUCCAACUUUAACCGUAGACAGCUGGAGAUGAUCCUGAACAAGCCAGGGCUCAAGUACAAGCCUGUGUGCAACCAGGUAGAAUGUCAUCUUUAUCUCAACCAGAGCAAAAUGCUGGACUAUUGUAAGUCAAAAGACAUCAUCCUGGUUUCCUACUGCACAUUGGGAAGUUCACGAGACAAAAUAUGGGUGGAUCAGAAAAGUCCAGUUCUCUUAGAUGAUCCAGUUCUUUGUGCCAUGGCAAAUAAGUACAAGCAAACACCAGCACUGAUUGCCAUUCGUUACCAGUUGCAGCGUGGGAUUGUGGCCCUGACCAGGAGUUUCAAUGAGAAGCGGAUCAAAGAGCUCAUGCAGGCUUUUGAAUUCCAGUUGGCUUCAGAGGACAUGAAAGUCCUGGAUGGCUUGAACAGAAAUUUAAGAUACAAUACGGCAAAUUAUUUUGAGGAACAUCCCAAUCAUCCAUUUACCGAUGAAUAUUAACAUGGUGGCCUUCGUCAGCAUUUCUAUCAGAAGAUCUGUUUAUGCAUUGUGAUAUGAGAGAUAUCUUGGAUACUGGUGAUUGAACAUAUCCCUUCUCAUCAGACCACUGUAUCUGUUAAUUCAGAGUCAGCUGGAGCAAUGUCCACAGAGCCAUAUUUUUGUCACAUUCUGAAAUGAAACAUCAAGUUGCUUUUCUUAGUCUUCUGUUUUUAAAGAUCCAUUAAUUUCAUUUUACAUAUGAAUGUUUUACCUACAUGUACGUAUGCCCUAUGAAUGUCUAUGUCCAUGCAUGGAAGAAGAGUAUUAUAGGUCACUUGGAACUGGAGUUAUAGAUGUUGUGAGUCACCAUGUAGGUGUUGGGAGCCAAAUCUAAGUCUUCUGUGAGAGCAGCAAGUGCCUUUAAAUUCUGAGCCAUCUGAUUAGGUCUCACCCUAAAGAUUCUUGCCUACUACUAUUUCUGUGACCCCAAUGUUUUGUUUUCUUCUGACUUCUGACAUCAACCUGAUUUUUCUAGAAGUCUUGGGCAUGAAGUGGGAGUUGAGGACAGUCAUUGCAAAGGCGUUUCUGAAUGGGAUUUGAAGGAAUUUUCAACAUUCAGGGAAUUAAUUGUUAGCAGUUAUUGAAAAGUCUAUUCCUCAUGUCCUUUGAGGAAGAAGAAAAUACUCCAUAGCUCUUCCCCUUUUCUUAGUGUCGAGGUAAGGCACAUAUGGCAGGAGUGAAGAGACCAACAGCCCAAGAACCAGAGCUCCAAGAGUCUGGAGAGUAAGUUCUCCUUGUGGGAAGGUUGGGAGGUUGGUAAGAAGAGAACUAACCUAAAACCUAUUAACCUAUUAUUAUGACUCAGAUGUGGGGAGGUUGAGAAGAAAGCUGAAUAUGUCUCUGCUUGGGAAAUAUAUCACCUUUUUUUGGUAAUUACAUGUGACAAGUAAAAGGAAAAUCUAUACAUUUCACCCAAGACAGACUUCUAGACUUGAUAUUUAUAUUUUCAAGGGUUUCAGAAGUUGUGUUAUUGAUUUAUGGCAAGAAAAAACAAUUCACAUAAGUGUAAACUGGAUGUUCGUCAAGUUUUCUCAGACUUAAAGAUCGGUUUUAUGAAAUUUGAUCUUAUAUGUUUAUAGAUAAAUGUGUUAGACUUACAAAAUAUCUCAAAGUUACUAAAUUGUGUAGUCAAAUUAAUAUUAAAAGAACAUAUUUGAUGAGACAAAUUGUUUAAAUUUUCAAAAAUUAUUAGAAAUACUGUAUUUGAAUCAGCAGUGUUUUAAAGGUUGUUAACUUUUAGUGAUAUCUUUUGUGCAAAGAAUAGCUUAAGAGAAAUCAGAGAGAAAAAAUCAUAUGUUUAUAGAAGAUUCAGAAGAAUGAGGAGGUAAAUAUUAUUUAGGAUGCAGUUGGAUUUAUAUAUUUCAUUAAUAAAUGCCUCAAUUAGAACUUUUUGCAGUAGUUUCCCAUUAUAUUCCCCUGAAUGAUGUGGUGCUUGCUAUGUAGACCAGAAUGUUCUGGAACUCACAGAAAUUCACCCAGAGAUCCCUGCCUCUAGAAUGCUCAGAUUAAAGACAUACAGUACUGAUAUAUAUCUAUUUGAUGGCUCUUAGAGAAAAGGGAAAAAUUACCAAAAAGCAAUAAAAUUACUAGUUACUUAUUGAUAAUUCUUAUAAAAUAUGAAUGAAUAACACAAAAUUCUAUUAAAUUUAUUGAAAUUUGCUGAUACAA